GACACCUCUAGAAUUGCCUUUUAAACACACACACACAUCACAAAACGAGUCUCGUUUGACGAAGAGAGGGUUUCUGAGGAUAGAUGUCGCUAAUAUGAACUUAAAAAGUUAUUAUAUAAACUCUGGAGGAAGAAAAUGAUUAGAAUAAGCCGACGGAUCUUUGUGGUGAUGCUGCAUUUUAUUACACUCUCCGUGGCUCAUCAUCAGGACAGCCUCCGCAGGUCAGCGGAGGAUGCGCUGGAGCACACUGGGGGUCAAGCACGGCCAGGACUCUGCAGCUAUGGUCAAACUACUUCCUGUUGUUUGGGAUGGAGGAAUGUUAAUGGCAUUUGUCAGCCUGUGUGCAAGAAGCCCUGUGUUAAUGGAAAAUGUGUGGGACCAGACAAGUGUUUAUGCUCCACGGGGUAUAAAGGCCCUCAGUGUGAUGAAGAUGUAAACGAGUGCGGUUUCCUGGAGAGACCAUGUUCCCAGCGCUGCAUGAAUACACACGGUAGCUAUCGCUGUUACUGUGAACCUGGAUACACACUCAGUGCAGAUGGAUACACCUGCACCAGAGAGGCCGCAUGUUUCUCCCUGCGCUGCCAGUUUGGUUGCCAGAUGGAGAGAGGGGGAGCGGUGCGCUGUCUGUGUCCCCCCGGCCUCCACCUGGCCGCUGACAACAAGACCUGUGAAGAUGUCGAUGAGUGUCGGCGGGAUGUGUGUCCACAGCGGCAGACCUGCAGGAACACUUUUGGCAGUUUUGUCUGUGUGUGUCGAGAUGGCUACGUGAUGGGGACAGUCCAGGGCUCGGUGCAGUGUCGAGAUAAGGACGAAUGUUUAACGGGGUCUCACCGGUGCAGCCGCCAUGCUCAGUGUGUCAACACAGAUGGUUCCUACACCUGUCAGUGUUUGGAGGACUACUUCGGCAACGGACACACCUGCUGGCCCAGGAGAGCCCCACAGUCCAAGGCUGCCAUGUACUUCAGCUACAAACUCUCCAAAAGAACCAAACCCAUACAACCUUCAUCUUAGAGCUACUUCUUACAAACCAAAGGGGAAAACCAACAUUAGAGGUUAACUUAAGAGGUGCUCAAGUUAAAACGAUGGUUUACAGACAUGAGGACGUUUUCAACACUCACAGAACAAAGUAUUUACUUAAGUAAUGUUAAUAAUUUUCAACUCAACUGGAAGCCCGUUUCUGUUUAAGGCUGUUAUUUCUCUUCCCCGUCAGCAAGGCAAAACCUGGAAUAACCCCCUCAGCACCAUUAGUUGUCUGUUUGAUGUCUGUUGAAGGAACCCUUCAUUUAACAAAUGCACCGCAACAGGACCACGCUCUGUACUUUGCCUGUGUGCGCUUCAGCCCAAAUGGACUGUGAUGACAGGAGGGUUUUCCUUGCGCUGGCAUCACCAGUGUCACAGGAACACCAGCCCUGUUAUUGCACUAAUUUGUCCGACAAAAUGCUGCACACAGGUGCAAACACUGCUAAUGAAUCACUGGUAAUUUAUUAAAUAUUCAAUUAGGUGUAAGUUUUCUUCAUGAAAAAAAAGCAGUUUUGUGAGACUUCAUCAGAAUUUGUUAAUAAAAGGCUGACCUCUGGUGGAUAGAUAAGGGAAGCUACUGUAUCAGCUGCAUUCAUACAAAACUAAAAGCAUGUGGGUGACACAACACACUGUGAAAUAUUUACUGUUGUUUGCCGUAUGAUGUCACUGUAAAAGGUUGUUGUGAUACUAUUUUUCUGACUUUCAAAUUAAAAAGAAAUCAA